UAAAAUAUUGGUCUGUGGUAUCACAAUUCAAUCCUGCGAUGUUUGUGUUCCUUGACGAGUGUGGAUUUGAUAAACGAAUUUCGAGACGCUUUGGAUACAGUUUUCGAGGCUAUCGAGCUCAAACGCAAAGAUGGUAUGGCAAUUGGGGUCCCAGGAUUACUGCUAUCCCUGUCAUCUGCACGGAAGGAAUAAUAGACUUCAGUAUCCGCCGCGGGAAUACCAAUGAAGAGAAAUUUCUUGAAUUUGUGAAUGAAAACCUUAUUCCUAAUCUACAGCCGUUUGAUGGGAUUAAUCCUCGCUCUGUGGUCGUAAUGGAUACUGCUAAAAUUCACCGCUGUCGUCGUGUAGUUCAAGCUAUAAAUGCUAGUGGCGCUCUUGUGGUAUUCUUGCCAUCUUACAGUCCUGACUUCAAUCCAUGUGAGAACGUUUUCUCUCAAGCAAAGAGUUGGAUUCGAGGAAGUGAUGUUGUGUGGCAAGUGUGUCGUGAUGAUCCAGAGGAAAUGGUGUUUGAAGCCUUCAUGCAAAUCUCUGAUGCARACAUUAGAAACUAUCUAAGAUUUACAGAUUACUUGUAAAGCCCUCCGUGCACUUAUUUGCAAAUGACAAAUAAG